UGGUGUUGUCGGGUUUGUGGUUUCAAACCAACGUAAUAUGGCCGUCAAAAGUAGCAGUUCUGCUACAUCAUUGAGGCAAAUAAUUUAGCCAAAAAUACCGUAAAGUGUUUACACCACAGCAGUGAUAAUUGCGAAUUUAGUGAAUUUGGACCUAUCGGUGUAAAAAAUCCGGCCGAGGAUGAAGAUAACAGUGCGAAAUCUCUAUCAAAAAAAUUUCAUUAUUCACAUUGAGCCGUCUAAAACGGUCAAAGACUUAAAACAACAAAUCGAAGCCGAAAAGGGCAAAGAUUACCGAUGGGACUACCAGAGACUAAUCUACAGAGGCAAAAUCCUAAAAGAUGAGGCACCACUAUCGGAAUACAACAUCGACGAGGACAAAUUUAUCGUAAUUAUGGUCUCAAAACCCGACUCUGGCACCACCGAAGUGGCCAACAGUGGCGACAACUCCGCCACUCAACCCAGCGCGACACCUGCGGCAGCCCCCGCCCCGGCGGCCCCCGCAGCCCCAGCCCCCGUGGCCCCGGCCUCUAAUCUGAGCAGCGAAGCGGAAUCGGCCCUCCUCAUGGGCGAGGAGUACGAAAACAUGGUCCAGAACAUCGUCGACAUGGGCUACCCCCGCGACCAAGUGGAGCAAGCCCUGCGCGCCAGCUACAACAACCCCGACCGGGCAGUGGAGUACCUCAUCAACGGCAUCCCGGCCAUGGGCGAGGACCAGGAGGCGGCCCCCAGCAUGUCGGGCAUCGACGAACGGCAAUCCGACGCCAGUGACCCCCUUGCCUUCCUGCGCAGCCAACCGCAGUUCCAGCAAAUGAAACAGGUUGUCCAACAAAAUCCGCAGCUUUUGAACGCCGUUUUGCAACAAUUGGGACAGACGAAUCCCGCACUCUUGAAUUUGAUUUCACAAAAUCAGGAAUCUUUCGUCAGACUGCUCAACGAACCGUCGGCGGGGGCAGCCCCCGCCGCCACGGGCAAUGCGCCCCCAGCCCCCGUUGUCGCGCAAGGAGGCGGUGGUACUCCGCCCCAGGGAACGACGAUUCAGUUCACCCCACAAGACAAAGACGCUAUUGAGAGAUUGAAGGCUUUGGGUUUUCCCGAACAUCUAGUAGUCCAGGCGUACUUCGCGUGUGAAAAAAAUGAAAAUCUUGCGGCGAAUUUUCUCCUGUCGCAGAAUUUCGAUGACUAACACGCUUUUUUUUUCAAGUUAUGUUUCGCCUAAUUUUGUCAUUAUUUUUAAAAAUUGUACUUUCUAAAUAAACGAUGUGUUUAUUGUACGUAUUUCGCUUGUAAAUAGGCUGUUGGUAUAAAAAAACAAGUUUUUUUGGAUUAUUUUGUAAUAUACUUGGCAGUAAUGGAAUUGAUUUAUUUAUUCUGAUUCGCAUUUUUUACAAGCUUAUCUCAUGUAAUAAUUAGAAGUACGAUAAUUAAUAAAAAAAACAGUGCAAUGUUU